AUGUCUACAGACUGGGAGAACUCAUUAGAGGAGCCCUGUGGAGAAGGGCUUGGAGAUCCUGGUGGAGGAAGUCUGGACAUGAGCCAGCAAUGUGCUCGUACAGCCCAGAAGACCUGUUUCUGUGGUUCAUGUGUUCAUGUGAAACAGUGUUGCAAGCAGGAGCAGAGAGGUGAUUGUUCCCCUAUAUUCAGCACUCGUGAGGCCGCACCUCGAGUACUGUGUCGUUUUGGGCCCCUCACUGCAAGAAAGAUAUUGAGGCUGGAACGUGUUCAAAGAAGGGCAACGAAGCUGGUGAGGGGUCUGGAACACAGGCCAUAUGAGGAGAGGCUGAAGGAGCUGGGAAUGUUCAGCCUGGAGAAGAGGAGGCUCAGGGGAGACCUUAUUGCUCUCUAUAACUUCCUGAAGGGAGGUUGUAGUGAGCUGGGGGUCGGCCUCUUCUCUCGUGUCAUUAGGGAUAGGACCAGGGGGAAUGGUUUCAAGCUACGCCAGGGGAAAUUCAGGCUGGACAUGAGGAAGUAUUACUUUUCAGAAAGGGUGGUCAGGCACUGGAAUGGACUGCCCAGGGAGGUGGUGGAAUCACCGAGCCUGGGGGUGUUCAAGGAAAGACUGGAUGUUGCGUUGAGGGACAUGGUUUAGUAGGAGCUAUUGGGAAUAGGUGAACGGUUGGACUGGGUGAUCUUUUAGGUCUUUUCCAACCUUAGUGAUUCUAUGAUUCUAUGAUUCUAUG